AUGGCAACAAUUCUAACUCGACGUUUAACAUCGAAUAUUUCAUUGUCUAAUCAUAAUCGACAAAUAUGGAGUUGGCUUAAUUCAGUUUGGAAUAAAUACGAUCGACAGCGCGUUCAAGAAAUCGGCCCCGAUCGUGCGUGUGCUGAAUGGUUAUUACGAUGUAGUGGUUCAGUACGAUUUAAAAAUAGAAAUUCCAUCACAUCCGAUUAUAAUGCUAUACCAUCUGGCACGCCUGAGCAAUUAAAAGUCGAAGAAAUUCGUGCUGUUAAAGCUUGUAUUACGACUGAUGGAUUUGCUUAUUUAGAUGGAUUAAGUGAAGUGAAGAAAAUUCACUUAGAAAAAUGUGAUCUAAUUGGUGAUGGUUCUAUAAUACGAUUUAAAAAAAUCGGUAAUACAUUAGAAUCGAUUGCAUUAAUUGAUCUCGUUAAAAUAAGUGACGAUGGUCUUGGCAAUUUAACUGAUUUGAAAAAUUUAAAACAAAUCGUUUUGUCUCGUUUACCCGGCAUUAAAAAUCGUGAGGGCAUAAUUAAAUUAUUGAAAAAUGAAUUACCAAAAUGUACUGUUAAUUAUGAUGAUGAUUAUCCACCUGCUCCUGAACUCCAAGAUAAAUAA